CACCUUUACCAUUGGCUUUUUGAGCGGCGCUGUCGCUAGGGAGCGAGCACCGCCUCGGGGAGCAGCUUGGGUGCUGGUUCCUGGCAGCCAGGAGCUGGGCGCACAUCGUGCGCGCUCUGGGCCGCUCAGUGCGCUGUCGCCCCUGCGGCCCGCGCUGUCCCCAGCCCGGCUCGCGGAGGCGCUGCACAGACACUGGCCUUUGGCCACCGGCUUCUGCUGUUGCUGCCGCCCAGAGGACAGACCAGCGAUUUCCCUUCGGCAGCGGCGCUGCGGAGAGCGAAGAGCGGGUGGGCGCGAGCUGCAGGAAGCGAUGUAGUUCUCCCCUUGCCUCGGAGUUGUCUGAGUUGGCAGAGCCUCGCCCGGGUUUCCUGAGCCCUGCUCCCUUCGGGCUCGCUGCUCACCGGGUUGCUAGCCAUUGCUGUGCCAGGAAGCCCAGGCUCCGGAGCUGCUGUCCUGGGUCCAUCCGGGGGCAGAGUAGGGCUGUCCCCAGCCAAGGCGCAUUGUCUUCUCUCUGCUGACCCAUCUGCUUCCUGAUGGCAUCUCGUCAACAAACCCGAAUCCAGGCUUACCUGGAGAAAAACAAGAUCGGUCCUCUGUUUGAGAGUUAUCAAUUUGGCCUGGAUUUUGUAGUUCUAACCACCAAACACUUUGAUGAGAUUUUGAGAAGUAUUGCUUCAAACUGCUCCUCGGAAUUAAUGACCAAGUUAAUAACUGAGACACCUGACCAGCCAAUCCCAUUUCUCAUUGACCAUCUUCAAUCUAAACAAGGAAACCGAGGACAACUGCAAAGAACUUUGUCAGGGUCAGCGGCUCUCUGGGCUGAAAGUGAAUCAUCAGAACCCAAAGGAACAAGAAGGGAUUUUAGAAGCUAUGAUAAACCUUGGCAGAUGAGUGCAAAGAAGCCUAAAAAAUCAAAAAGUGACCUGGCUGUAUCUAAUAUUUCUCCUCCAUCACCAGACUCCAAAUCAUUGCCAAGGUCAGUAGACCAUCUUAAGUGGAACUGGCGGACUAAACCACAAAGCCGUGAUUUUGAUGAAUUGAACCACAUCCUUCAAGAGAGCAAGAAGCUGGGGAAAGCCCUUGAGAAUCUCUCUCGAAGUAUUGCGAUUUCAGGUGAACUUGAUAAGGAAACAUUGGCAUUCAAUUCCUCUCUUCUGAGACCUCGUGUGAUUGGGGAGUGGAUUGGCAGAGCAGAAAAUGAUGCUGAUCCCCUUGCAGCUGAAAUGCUGCAGGCACCAGUUCCACGGAGUAAGAAUGACUCAUGGGAAAGUGAAGACAGCGGCUCCAGUCCAGCAGGAAGCUUAAAGAUGGAGCCCAAGACAAAAGGAUUAAAGCAGCAGCAGCAGCAGCAUAAGAAACUCCUGGCUGCAAUGCUUUCCCAGGAUUCCUUCGAGUCCAUCCACAGCCCCACACCAUCUGUAAUAGAAGAAGACAUUGAUAAUGAAGACGAUGCAAUGGAGUUGCUGGAGGACCAAGGUUCAGAUCCCAAUCCCCACGUGGUAGUUGACAAUGGUCUGAAACUCCAGUUGACCUGUGGAUUUUCAUUGUCAAAUUCAUUUACAGGAACAGAAUCCAGGGAAAAGCCUGCACUCAGCUGGAUGGAUGCAGUAUUAAUUCUGUAGCUGCUAAGGAUUCAUGAAGAUGGUGGCAGUUAUUAUUGUUAAAGGUUAAAUACAUUAUCUGCUUGAGCUCCUAAAAUACUCGGAAUAUGGAACUGCUAAUUGUGGUAUCUGGAAGCUGCUUCUGCAGAACAGACAUGUUCCCUCCUCUCUUACAACCAAGCUGGAUAACUAAAGGAAGCUCCAUGAAGAAGAGCGGAGAUUAUCAAUGCUGCCACUAACAACAAUGGUUUUUUGUCCAUCUCCCCUGACCAUCUCCUCAACUGAUGACCAUCCCCUACACACACACACACACACACACACACACACACACACACACACACACACACACACACACCUUAGUUGCUUCUCUCCCGGUUACUAAGCUCUGAAUAUAAUCAUCUGAAAACCUGAAUUUCUUUUU